AUGAACAGGCUCAAGAUAGACGUUCAUCUGUUGCGGUUGACUGAGCAAUUUCCGGCGUACGAACUACCAUCGAAGCUCUCUGACGAUUUGUAUGCACCAGACUUUUUGCGCUUGGGCGAAGAAGACUGUCUCGAUUGUGGUUCAGCGCAUUCGCUGCAACGUGAGGCAAGACACGGUGAACUGCCUGUUGUCCAAUACGGCACCAUCGCUUCUGGCAACAUGGUCAUGAGAGAUGGCAUCGGGAGAGACAAGAUCAAUCAGAAGCUAGGUGGACUGCUCUGCUUCGAGAUGGAGGCCGCUGCUUUGAUGAACAACUUCCCUUGCCUUGUCAUCCGCGGCUCCUCAGACUAUGCCGAUUCGCACAAAAUCGACGGCUGUAAACUGUAUGCAGCAGCCACCGCGGCCGCAUUCUCUAAGGAACUUCUCGUUCGUCUCGCCCCGACAAGUGUCUCGCAGAUACAGACCAUCAAUCAGGCCAUGGACGGAGGCACCAACGAGCGAGAGAUUCUCGAGUGGCUGUCACCGCCGGUCAGCCAGUCAAAUAUUCAAGAUGAGACUCGUGAUUCCCGAUUGGAGGACACGGGCGGUGCGGGGGCUUCAACUGGUGGUCUUGUUCGCCUCAAAUACCAUCCUACCAUCGGACAAUCAGACAUAUCCUGGAUUGGCAGUGUUCGCAUCCACGAUGCAUCUCAGUCAGGGAGAAGCUCAUCGCACUGA